AUGGCCCCCGCGCCAGCGGCCGCCCUCGCCCCGCCGCCAGCUCCGGACCGCCCACGAGUCGACACUCGCGCCCGCGCCGGCGCCGACCCCGCGCCAGCGCCCGCCCCGCGCCACGCCCGCUUCCGUCCCGCCAUGCACGCUCCCCAUUGCCGCACCGCCUCCGCGACUAUUCGCCGCUUCCCCGCCGUCCUCGUGCACCGCCAGCCUGCUUCUUUUCCAUCUCGGCCGCCCAUACUCUGGUGCGCCAAGCCGGAGCCAAUCCCCACCUGUGCGCCCCCGCCCAUGUCCGUGCCGCGCACCUCCUCCUCGACCUCCGACGACGAUCGUCGCAGUCCGCGCUUUUUCGCGCCGCCUGUUGCCGUUGCGCCAUUGAACCCGAGCAGCAGCUUGGCGAAUUGGAUCGCAGCCGCGCGCCACCGGCGGCCUCCCGCCGCCGGCUACAGGUUCCCCGACCCACUGACAGGCCGCACCCUGCCCUGGCACAGCCUUCCGUCCGCGCCGGCGUCCAACCCUAGCUCUCCUGACUUCGCGUACAAGGCAGAUGUGGACCUCUGA